AUGAAGGAUUUUCUCCGGUCCCAGCCGUCUUUCGACGUAGUUAUUCUGGAGCAGUUAGUAUAUUAUUGCUAUUAUGGCUUGAUUCACCAGUUGGGAUCCCCACCAACAAUUGGCUACGUGUCUCUGGCCGCUCCUACUCCAGUUCUCGCUUCUUAUGGAAAUCCCAACAACCCAGCAUACUGUCCCGAUCUGCUGGUUGGCUACACAGACCACAUGUCUUUCUGGGAAAGACUAUAUAAUGCCUAUUUUAUGGCUCGAAUAUUUUACAUAUGGAACUACGUAACAAUGCCAUCGCAAAAUGAACUGAUUAGGAAAUAUUUUGGCCCUGAUCACCCCCCUGUGGAAGAAAUUGACAGAAACUUCAGCCUUCUUAUUGUCAACAACCACUUCAGCGUGAAUUACCCACGGCCACUGUUGCCUAAUAUCAUUGAGGUGACGGGACUACAUCUAGAGAAACAACGGAAGCCACUUCCUCGGGAUAUCCAGGAUUUCCUUGAUGGUGCAAGAAACGGUGUGAUUUACUUCAGCUUUGGUACUAAUGUGAAGGGUAGUACAAUGCCCGAGCACAAACGAAUUGCAUUCUUGGAAGCUUUUGCGCAGUUACCACAGCGAGUACUUUGGAAGUGGGAGGUGGACAGCCUGCCUGGACAGCCGGAGAACGUCAUGAUAGCCAAGUGGCUGCCCCAGCAGGACGUCUUGGCACAUCCAAACAUUCGUCUGUUCAUUACCCAGGGAGGACUUCAGAGCAUGAAUGAAGCAAGUUAUUUUGCAGUACCCCUGAUAGGAAUUCCCUUUUUUGCGGACCAGCAACAGAAUGUGGCUAAGAUGGUACAAUCUGGUAUUGGUUACCAGCUGCUGUUCAGAGAUGUCACUACUGAUACCAUUCUGAAAGCCAUUCACACAGUUCUUGAAAACGACAGCCUAUGGUUAUCUGUCCUCUUUUACGACAGCUAUCGAGAAAACACGAAGCGUUUCUCAGCAGUAUUCCGUGAGCACCAGGAGAGGUCCCUGGACAAUGCCGUCUGGUGGAUCGAGUACGUGAUACGUCACAAGGGUGCUCCGCACAUGCGCAGUGCAGCCCUCGACCUGAGCUGGUGGCAGCUGCUGCUGCUCGACGUGAUUGGGUUCGUUGUUGCAAUGGCGUCCAUCGUGGUCUACGUGCUGUUCAAGGCAGCCACCUAUUGCAAAAGACUUUUGGCUCUUAAUCUGAAGCAGAAGACUGCGUGA